GCUGCGCAAGACGCUGCUCGUUUUUAUUUUGUCAGCGCCGCCAUUAAAUCCGCAUCUAAAUCACCGUUCAGAGAUUAAAAACAGUGUUCGUCGACUUAUAAACAUCAUUCAGCGACUUAUACAAAGCUCAGAGAUCAAACGACGCAAUGGCGGUUGAGUAACAGCGGUAUAAACAGGCUGAGGAGAUCUGGGUUGUCUUUAAUGAGGAGCGAUAUUCUCCAUCUUGAUGUGUGACCCUGAUGUGAGUGUGUGUCGUUGAGUGUGUGUGUGUGUGUGCGUGUGUGUGUGUGUGUGUGUUGAUCCAUCAUGACAGAUUUGAGUGUGAAGUGGUCGUGUGAAUACUGCACAUUUGAGAACUGGCCGUCUGCUAUUAAAUGCACCAUGUGUCGAGCGCAGCGGCCCAGUGGCACCAUCAUAACGGAGGAGUCCUUCCCGAGCAGCACCGGCCCGCGCGCAGGUCACCUGUGGGAGGCAGAGCGCAGCGACAGCCUGCUGAUCUGCCCUGACUCCAGCGCCCGACCCCGCGUCCGUCCUGCUGAGUCCUCGGAGCCCAGCGGGAAGUGGUCGUGUCAGGUGUGCACCUACCUGAACUGGCCCCGAGCCGUGCGCUGUACCCAGUGCCGCAGCCUCCGCCAGCGCGUCUCCAGCCCUACAGACACCCCACAAACCUCCAGCACCAUCCGAAGACCUGCAUCUGCUCCAGCGGUGGAUCCCUGUGAGGAAUAUAACGACCGUAACCGGCUGAACACGCGGGUGCAGUGCUGGACCUGCUCGGCCUGCACUUAUGAGAACGGCCUCAAAUCGUUCCGCUGUGUGGUGUGUGAUCAUCCCAGACCCAACGACACCUUUCUGCCACCCGAGCCUGAGGAGCCUUCACCUGGGCGAGGACGAGGUGUGUGUGCAGCGGCGCAGAAACACUCGCCACCGUCCUCCAGACGCGAGGCUGAGCUGCAGAUUGAGCUGGCGGCCGGAGCUCACAGCCGCCCCGAGGAGAUGGACUUCAAGAAGAUCAAGCAGAUCAAGAACCGCAUGAGGAAAACAGACUGGCUGUUUCUCAACGCAUGUGCCGGUGUUGUUGAAGGAGAUCUGUCUGCAGUCGAGGCCUACAAGUCUUCAGGUGGUGAUAUUGCGCGUCAGCUGAACGCAGACGAGGUGCGUCUCCUGAAUCGACCAUCAGCGUUCGACAGCGGCUUCACGCUUGUUCAUCUCGCCAUCCGCUUCCAGAGGCAGGACAUGCUCGCCAUCCUGCUCACAGAGGUGUCCCAGCGGGCCGUCAAGUGCAUCCCAUCGAUGGUUUGUCCUGAGCUGACGGAGCAGAUCCGCAGAGAGAUCAGCGCCUCACUGCACCAGCGCAAAGGAGACUUCAACUGCUACUUCCUGACAGACCUCGUCACGUUCACACUGCCGGCAGAUAUUGAAGAUCUUCCUCCUGCCGUUCAGGAGAAGCUGUUUGAUGAAGUUCUGGACCGCGACGUUCAGAAGGAGCUGGAGGAGGAGUCAGCGGUCAUCAACUGGUCUCUGGAGCUGGGUUCUCGUCUAGACAGUCGUCUGUAUGCGUUGUGGAACCGCACCGCUGGAGACUGUCUGCUGGACUCGGUGCUGCAGGCCACGUGGGGCAUCUAUGAUAAAGACUCUGUGCUGAGGAAGACACUACACGACAGCUUACACGACUGCUCUCACUGGUUUUACACACGCUGGAAGGAGUGGGAAUCCUGGUAUUCUCAGAGUUUUGGCCUUCACUUUUCACUUAGAGAGGAACAGUGGCAGGAGGACUGGACCUUCAUCCUCAACCUCGCCAGCCAGCCCGGGGCCAGUUUGGAGCAGACUCAUAUAUUUGUUCUGGCUCAUAUCCUGCGGCGGCCCAUCAUCGUUUAUGGAGUGAAGUACUACAAGAGUUUCAGAGGAGAGACUUUAGGCUACACUCGAUUUCAAGGUGUGUAUCUGCCGCUGCUGUGGGAGCAGAGCUUCUGCUGGAAGAGCCCGAUCGCUCUGGGCUACACAAGAGGUCAUUUUUCUGCUUUGGUCGGCAUGGAGAGCGACGGCUAUGAUAAUCGCGGCGCGGGCGCUAAUCUCAACACUGAUGAUGACGUCACCGUGACCUUCCUCCCACUGGUGGACAGUGAGAGGAAACUGCUGCAGAUUCACUUCCUGUCGGCACAAGAGAUGGGCAGUGAGGAGCAGCAGGAGCGUCUCCUCCGCCACUGGCUGGACUGUUGCGUUACUGACGGCGGGAUGUUGGUGGCGCUGCAGAAGAGCAGCAGACGCAGGCAUCACCCGCUCAUCACGCAGAUGCUAGAGAAAUGGCUGGACGGCUACCGGCAGAUGCACCCCUGUCCCACGCUCUCAGACGGAGAGGAAGAGGAGGAGGACGAAGACGAGUGAACACCUCAAAAACAUUUCAACACUGUUCCCCACACACACACACACCCUCCAAAUGCCCAGAAUGCAGUGCAACCACUCUUGAAAAUACGGUGGCUGAGAGCUUAACGUGUUGAAAUUUAAGACGGCACAUGCAAUCGCACAAAACACCAGCCGAUUAAGAUUAAGGUUGAGAUUUAAGACGACAGCAUACGUGUUGCAAAUCCUCACAAUGCAAAGAGGUGAAAAAAGCGCCUGCAUUGUCUCACAACACAUGCUAAUAGCACAGAAUGCAGCAGAAAUGUUUCAAGGGGACCCUAAAACCUGACAGACCCUGCUAUUUCAGUCAUUGAGCCUAAUAAUCUACAAAAGACGAGGGAAUUGUGGAAUCAGGAUGUUAAAAUAAACAAAAAAUCCACUUUUAAGGAUCACCAAGCCAUAAUCACGGCACAAUAAACAAAUCCCAGCCAGCUCUGUCACGUUUUAGGGUCCCCUUCCCUGCUGUUUGCAUGUGUUGUGAGUAAAUGCAGUGUGUAUUCUUAAUUCGUUUGCAUUGUGAUUAAAAUGCAACACAUAUACCGUCAAACCGAUGAGGAUCUUUCCUUAAUUUGCUGACGUAUUUAGUAAUCGCAUGUGCUUUCUUUAAAUUGCAGCACUUUAAGCUCUCUGGGCCUCUAGGACAGAGUUUCCCAACCCUGUUCCUGAAGGCACACCAACAGUCUACAUUUUCAUUCUCUCCCUAAUCAAACACACCUGAAACAACUCAUCAGAACAUCAGAAGAGACUCCAACACCUGAAGUUAAUGGGUCAGAUGAGGGAGACAUCCAAAACAUGAACUGUUGGUGUGCCUCCAGGAACAGGCUUGGGAAACACUGCUCUAGGAAACACACAGAGGCUUCUGAAUGGAAAUCUCUGCAUUUUAAAAUGAAUUCUUACGGUUUUCUUUGAUCGUUUUCUUUCCUCUUCAGUGAAGCUGCGUGUCUGACUGCAUGUGGCUCUUGACGUGCAGAAUGAGGAGAAUAAGAGCCGCUUAUACGAGCACUUACACAAAGCACACAGUCGGAUGUUGGUUCUGCUUUCCGUUGGAGGAAUGAACGUUUCUGAUUUACUCACACUAAAGGAUUGCGUGUGAAGACGUGCACACUUCUCACCCACGUUUCUGAAGACGUUUCUGUUGUUCCCUGUCGCUCUGAGUGUUGGUUUUCGGUUGAUUUGAUUGUAUUUAUUUAUGUCUCGACUCUCUUUGUUUGCAGACUCUCCUGUAAGAGUUUACUGACAUGUUGAGCCUGUGAUCUGGCGCCUCAUUUGUGGGAUCGAGAACAGGAGGAGAGCCAAUCACGCGGCUUUAAAAAGACAUUAAAGUAGAAACACGUCUGCUCUCGGAGCGUC